AACAAUGCAACAUAGGCAUUCAGGAAUCAACAUGGCUUUUAUAAGAGAGCUGCUGGAUUCACUCUUCUUUAUCUUUCAUAGUUACAAGCAAGCAGAACCAGCACACCAGCACAAUGCGGUUUUUUCUCAGUUACAUAUGGAUGUACCGGAGGCUUUUACUGAUUGUGGUUUCACCGCUACUUCUUUUACCUUUGCCUCUCAUCAUAAAAACACAAGAAGCAGAAUGUGCAUAUGUACUCUUUGUAGUAGCUCUGUUCUGGCUAUCAGAAGCUCUGCCACUUUCAGUGACUGCCUUUAUACCUGCUUUAAUGUUUCCCUUAUUCGGGAUCUUACCAUCUAAAACAAUUGCAUCUACAUAUUUUAAAGAUUUUCAUCUCUUGCUGACGGGGGUGAUUUGUUUGGCAACUUCAAUAGAAAAAUGGAAUCUACACAAAAGAAUUGCCUUAAGGAUGGUGAUGCUAGUGGGAGUAAAUCCUGCAUGGUUAAUGCUGGGAUUUAUGUUCAGUACUGGAUUUCUUUCCAUGUGGCUUAGCAACACCUCUACAGCUGCUAUGGUGAUGCCAAUAGUGGAAGCUGUAGCUCAGCAAAUCAUUAAUGCUGAGGCUGAGGUUGAUGCCAUGCAAAUUAACUCAUCAGAAGGCAUUUACAAUGAAAUAUUUGAACUUGACGAAAACAGCAUUGAAACAAGUAAAAAAUGUGAUCCAGAGAAACAUGUUAAUGGGUACACUAAUGGGACAGUGACAGUGUUGAACAAUGGAAAAUGCUUGGCUGAUGAAGAACAUCUAGGGGAAACCUGCAGUCAACAAGAAAUAGAAAUACCAAAGUCCGCUUCAGAGAACAGAUACAGAAAUAAAAGGGACCACAUGAUGUGCAAAGCUAUGUGUUUGUGUAUCGCAUAUUCAUCAACAAUCGGGGGACUUACCACCAUUACUGGAACAUCAACUAACUUGAUUUUUGCUGAACAGUUUCAAACACGUUAUCCGAAAAGCACAGAAAUUAAUUUUGGAACUUGGUUUCUUCUCUGCAUUCCAAUCACCAUCAUUUUGAUGAUAGUUUCAUGGCUAUGGAUUCAUUGGCUCUUCUUGGGAUUGAACUUUAAAGAGAUGUUUAAAUGUGGCAAAGCAAAAACAGAAAGAGAAAUUGCUUCUGCAAAAGUCAUUUUGGACGAAUACCGAAAACUUGGCUCUUUAAGCUAUCAAGAAAUUAUGACCUUCAUCCUGUUUCUUCUAAUGGCUCUGUUGUGGUUUACUAGAGACCCUGGAUUUAUACCUGGUUGGUCUGAACUCUUUCCUCAGUACAAGGGCUAUGCUACCGAUUCAACAGCUGCUUUGCUUAUAGGAAUUCUUUUUUUUAUCAUCCCUGCAUAUCCCAUGAGAAGAAAAACUACUGACAAAAUCAAUUCUUUUGAUUAUGCCCCACUAAUUACAUGGAAGGAAUUUCAAGCCUGCAUGCCAUGGGAUAUUGGAAUUCUUGUUGGUGGUGGAUUUGCACUGGCUGAAGGAUGUGAGGUCUCUGGACUGUCCCAAUGGAUAGGAAACAAGAUGACUCCACUUGGCUCUUUCCCUAUAUGGAUUAUUGUGCUCAUUGCUUGCAUAAUUGUGACCUCGGUGACUGAAGUAGCUAGCAAUCCUGCAACAAUCACAAUAUUCCUACCUAUCUUAGCACCACUGGCUGAAGCAAUAAAUGUGAAUCCACUCUAUAUUCUCAUCCCUACAACUCUUUGCACAUCUUUCGCAUUCCUUCUUCCAGUCGCAAACCCACCAAAUGCUAUUGUCUUUUCUUAUGGUCAUCUACAGGUCAUGGAUAUGGUAAAAGCUGGUUUGGGUAUCAAUAUUCUAGGAGUCCUUGUGGUAAUGCUGUGUAUAUCAACAUGGGCGGUUCCAAUGUUCAGUCUUAAUAUUUAUCCAUCCUGGGCACCUACCAUUGUGGACAUAAACAGUACAGUUCUGGCUACAACGACUUUUACUACGUCAAUGUGAAGUUAGAAGAAGUAUCUAUAGGAAAAAUACUGCACUAGUUAUUUUAAUGGACCAAAGAGUCACUUACAGGCUUGGGAGCAUCAUUCUCCAUUAUAAUACAUUGUGCCAAAUUAUUAUUUUUUUCUUGGAUGCCUGCAGUCUCAUUGACAUUGUCUAUUAUGAGGAUUUUCUCCAAAAUUAUCUCUUUUUAAUAAAACUCAUUUGUUUUUAACAUCAUACAGCGUUUAUUUACCCAUCUGGGUUACAAUGCAACGUAUUCUUUCUCAAGCUGUUGAGAAAGAUCCCAUUGUGGGAUUGAAAUGUUGCGUUGGAAUACAGAUGGCUGAAUAAUCCUCCAACUUUUUACAUCAAUUUUGGAGUGUCGGCUCUUACCUUUUGGAUUGCUGCUUGGGAUUUGGAUUUUAAAUUCUUUGAGAGAAGAGCACCCAGCAGUGGGACAAGUUCCAGCACUGUGCCUAAUUGUUUUGAUAUAGUAUGUGGAUGAGCCUGUACCUCGCUACACACAUAUGGGAAAAUGUGUUUGUGCAAUAUAGUAAAGAAUAUGUAAGAUACCCACUGAUUCGAACAGCUUGGACUUCCCUACCCCUAACCAACGCCAUUCUGGAGGGUGCAUCAUAGACAGAAAAGCUGAAUAUCUACUGUAUUGUCAUGAAUCAUAAGAUUUAAGACACUGUAGGUAACAGUCAACAUUGUCAGUCAAUAAUUCUACUUGAGCAGUUUGGAACACAAGGUAUAAUAAGGAUUGAUGCGUGGCUCUUAAAGGAGAUCUCCGGAGAAAAUUUACUUAUCCCCUCUACACAGGAUGGGGAUAAGUAGCUGAUCAAAGUAACCCCCCCAGCGCGAUCUCCAGGAUGGGAACCAGCGGUCAGUGAGGAGCACGUGCUGCAGCUGGCACGCACUCCAUUUAUUUCUAUGGGAGCACCGAAAAGACCUGAGUAAAGUUAAUUUUCGCCAGAACUUAUGAUUAAAGUUCAUGUGACUCGUGAUACAGUAGGUGUACUUUAAACAAUCCAAUUUAUAAAUGAUACUAUUAAUCCUAUAUAGAACACCAUCUGUAUUGUAUAUAUGUACAUAUAGGAGGGAUAUAAGAUAUUUUAGCAUAAGCCAUGUAAAAUAAAGGUAGUCUAAAUAUGAAUUCUUUGUUUAAAAGCAUUUCUGACAAAGUCACCUUAAAGCACACAUAAAGCAAGAAUAGAAAACAACUUUUGACAUGUUGUAGGGACUUGUUAAACGUAUUUAUCGGCCAGGAUCUGAGUGUUCAAGAAUGAGCAGUGAGAUGGAUGGAUUGACUUCCAUUAGUUCGUCCAGGCAGAGCUGUAGCUAGCUCUUUUUGCUCCUGAGGCAAGAACAGAAAAUUACGCCCCCCCCCCCCCACUCCGUUGGCUUGGGGCACCCCUUGGAAAAAAAAGCCCCUUACCGAAUAAUUUUUUAUAUGUUGACUAGGUAGGUACCUUGGACCCGGUUUCAUCCCUUUUACAAGUGAGGAGUACAGGGGUGAAUAGGUGUAGAGAAAUGACAGAGGGAUGUACAUGGGUGACAGUGAGGUGAACAUGAGUGACAGAGGGGUGUAUAUGGGUGACAGAAGGGUAACAGGUGGUGUACUUGGGAGACAGAGGAGAAACAGAUGGGGUGCACAUGGGUGUCAGAGGUGUGUACAGGAGUGUCAGAGGGGUGUAGAGAUGUGAUAGAGGGGUGUACAUGGAGGGCAGAGGUGUACAGGGGUGUACAUGGGUGACAGAGGGGCGUACAGGGGUAACAAGGGUGUAAAGAUAUCACAGAUGUGACAAAGGGGUGUUGAGAGGUGUACAGGGGUGACAGAGGGAAUUACAGGGGGGACAAGGGGUGUAGAGGGGUGACAGAAGGGAGGGUGUUCAGUAAUUGAAGCUGAGUAGGCCUCUGUCAGCAUUGCCCCUGCUCCUUCCCUCCAUCCCCAUCACAGGUGCUCAGGCCUUGGCAGGAAAAUUAAAAAAGGUGCAGCAGCCAGGGCCAUUGCAGCCCUGGCGGCUGCGCCCCCUUGCAACAGCACACCUGAUGGGAGCUACAGCCCUGGUUCAGGUCACGUGACACAGAGCCGGUAGAGAACAUGCUAAGUGUGCACUUCUUCUGCUUUGUUGCCUGUUUAAAUAUCAAUAUUUACAAAUACAGUAAAACCUCUUCAAAAGACCACCCUUUUAUACAAAAUGGAAUAUCUUUGACAGGUUUUCAAUUAGACAUUUAUUAUGCAUUCUUUGAGAAGACCACAGUCGUCUCAAAGAGGUUUUACUGUAUGUAAGACAGAUAAUUCUGGUAACGUUUGUAACUUUUGUAACUAUACAUAUGAUUAUGCAUUUAAAAUGUUAAUGUGCAAUCCUUUUUAUUUUUAUAUAAAUUGCUACUUUUCUAUAAUAUAAUCAUAUUUUAAUUAUUGUAAAUUAUAUAUAUUCAACUUUUUAUAAGAAUUAUUAAAUAUCUGUACACAUGUAUAGUACUGUAUGUAUAUCAUGUCAUUUUACUUUCCUCACAUACAACACUUUUCUACAUUAUAUGUAUUGCACACUGGUACAUUGUUUCAUAGCUGUGAUUAUGUACUUAGUGCCUUGUGAAGUCUGUGACAAAAAUAGGCAGUAAAUAAGACAUAUUUACCAUCACUGUCUAGAAAUGUAGUAGACAAAUACAUAUUUCCAUUGACAGAAUAAUUGCUGCCAAGAAUAUAAGUGGAGCAUAAAAAACUGUAGCAAUGCAAUUCUUUUUAGAUCAUAGAGCGGCACUUACUGUAUCACUACUUACCCUGCUAAACUGCAAUAGACCCUAUUUAUUUGAAAUGACAAAGUAGGAAACGUAAUGCUUUACCCCAUACUGUAUCUUCAUCAUUCUCAUGAUCAGCUGGAUUAAUCAAUCAGGAUAAUAAAAUAAAG